CGGCCCCUUUAUAAGCGCGCGGCGGCGCGGGCGAGCUGAGCGCAGGGCGCGGGGCUGGACCCGGUGCCGCGCGGGCCGAGCCGCGUCCUUUGUGCCGGUGGCCGAGCGCCCCGCGAUGCGUCCGAGCUAGGAACCAGGUCCAGGAUGGGGACCCUGUGGGUCUGGGCCGCAGGCCUGCUGAUGCUACAGGCCCUGCUCUUGGAGGCUGCGGAACCAGGCACCCAGAGUAGCAGCGCAGACAAAGGACUCUACCUGCAGAAGUUGGGCCCUGGGCCUGUGCGUGCCGCGCUGGCCGAGCUGGUGGCUCUGCCCUGCCUGUUCGUCGUGCGGCCGCGGCCCGACGCCAGUCGAGAGGCGCCCCGCAUCAAAUGGACCAAGGUGCGCACGGCAUCUGGCCAGCGGCAAGACACGCCCAUCCUUGUGGCCAAGGACAACGUUGUGCGUGUGGCCAAGGGCUGGCAGGGCCGUGUGUCGCUGCCCGCCUACCCCCGGCAUCGAGCCAAUGCCACGCUCCUACUGGGGCCGCUGCGCGCCAGCGACUCGGGCCUCUACAGCUGCCAGGUGGUGCGGGGCAUCGAUGAUGAGCAAGACCUCGUGCCCCUCGAGGUGACCGGCGUCGUGUUUCACUACCGGGCAGCCCGGGACCGCUAUGCGCUGACCUUUGCUGAGGCCCGGGAGGCAUGCCGCAUGGGCUCGGCCACCAUCGCUGCCCCACGCCACCUGCAGGCCGCCUUUGAGGAUGGCCUGGACAACUGUGAUGCUGGCUGGCUCUCCGACCGCACCGUCCGGUAUCCCAUCACUCAGUCGAGGCCUGGUUGCUAUGGCGACCGAAGCAGCCUUCCGGGGGUUCGGAGCUACGGCAGGCGUGACCCUCAUGAACUCUAUGAUGUGUAUUGCUUUGCCCGGGAGCUGGGGGGUGAGGUCUUCUACGUGGGCCCCGCCGGCCGCCUGACACUGGAUGGCGCGCGUGCGCAGUGCCGUCGCCAGGGCGCCACGCUGGCCUCGGUGGGGCAGCUGCACCUGGCAUGGCACGAGGGCCUGGACCAGUGUGACCCGGGCUGGCUAGCCGAUGGCAGCGUGCGCUACCCGAUCCAGACCCCGCGGCGGCGCUGUGGGGGUCCAGCUCCGGGCGUGCGCACCGUUUACCGCUUCGCCAACCGCACUGGCUUCCCGGCACCUUCAGCCCGCUUCGAUGCCUACUGCUUCCGAGCUCAUCACCUGACACCUCCACAAGGAGACCCAGAGCCCCGCUCUUCUGGGGAUGAGGGGGAGAUACUUUCUGCAGAAGGGCCCCCAGCCCGAGAACUGGAGCCCAGCCUGGCUGCAGAGGAGGAGGAGGAAGAAGAGGAGGAAGAGGAGAAGGAGGAGAAAGGGCUCCAGGAGGCGGAGGUGGUCACCACGGACUUCCAGGAGCUGAUGGUGUCCAGUGGGGAGGAAGAACCCAUGACGGUGCCUGCGAAGCAGGAGAUCCCAGGCACCCCCCACCCCACCCCGGGGGUCCCCACGUCGCCCUCCAUGCUUUCCCAGGAGGCCGGGCGCGUGUGGCCAAGCAGUGUGGCCCCUAGUGCCCACAGCGUGCAGGCAGCAGGCCCAGACACAGAGGAGACCCCAGUCAGCCCCCCGCCCAGGAAAAGGGGCCGUUUCAAGGGGUUGAACGGUCGUCACUUUCAGCAUCAGGAGCCCCAGCGGGGGCCAGAGGGGGCGCUGGACGCUCCUGCCCCAGAGGCCGCGGGGAACCAUGUGGAGCCCCCACGGGCCACGGGAGCUGCGUCGGAGAGUGGCUGGAGCGAAGACCCCUGGGCCGUGCUGACCAACGAGGUGGAGGGUCCCAGACCUGGCUCUGCUGGUGACAGGAGCCCCCCUGAGCCCUGGCUGUGGCCCCCCACUGGAGCCCCACUCGGCCCCCCGGACUCCAGCAGGGCCCCCGGACUGCAUCAAGAGGCCACCCCAGGCCCUGGUCUGACGGCGGCCAGCCCCGCCCCUACCUGGGCCUUCACCCCCUCUGAAUCAUCCAGCCCUGCUCCCGGGGCGGUUACUUCCCCGGACCUCCCCAUCGUGGCCAUGCUCCGGGCUCCCAAAUUGUGGCUCCUGCCACCCCCACCGGUCCCUGCCACCACUGAGACCCACGGGGUGGAGAGACCCAGUGAGGACACAGCCACUGUCCCAGAACCUGGGGCUGGCACCCAGGACCCUGGAGGUGCAGAUGGUCAUCCCCUGUCGCCGUCCUCACGCCCAGCCAGCCCCAGUGGGACCACGACCGUGUUGGCCCACAGCCUGGGGGUGGGAGGCUCCCCAGCACCCUUAUGGGCAGACCCGGAACCUCCAGCUGAGGCCAGUCCAAGUCCCCCAAGGGCCGACUCUGCAGGCGAGGAGGGAACCAGACCCCCAGCUUCUCUGGCUGGGCAGGUGACGGAUGUCAUCACCAGCCUGGCUGCCACCGAUCCUGGGGUCCCCUCAUCUCCAGCCCCUCUGGAUGAGCUCUCACUUCCCACCCAAGACCAGGUGGACCUGCACCCCAACUCCACCCCCUCUGGGGGGCCUGGGGCAUCCUUGAUGCCUAGGGCCACCUUGAAUUUGGGGCCUUGGACCACAGUUGCAGGGCCACCUGCUGGUGACAGUGAGGUACCAGGGUCCUCGAUGCUGGCCAGCAGCCCAGGCCCCACACUGCUUGCUUCUGAGGCUACAGACACAGCCAUGGGCACGUCCCUCACGUCCCUGGACCCGAGGGAUGCAGUUGGGGUCCCAGCAGCUGCUUCCUCAAAUUCCCCACCCCUACUGGAGCUGGAGAGCCCUGAACCCCGCCCCCCGGGGACACAGGGUGUGCUGGGGACUGCAGGUCCUCUGCCCCAGGGCAGCCCCCUGGGGAAGCCAGCCCUCAUUCCUCCGGAGACCACACCCACAGCCAGCUUGGAGGAACCCACCUCUGCUUUCUCAGGGGACUCCCCUGGCACCCUGCUACCUGCCUCCCUGAGCCCGGGCGCCACGGAGCUGGAUGUGCUGGCAGGAAACCCUGAUGUAGAGGGCUUCUGGGAGGAGGCAGCCAGCGGUGAGGAGCUGGUUCCACUGGGGACCCCCACGAGCGGCAGUGCGCCAGAGGCGCCCCUGGACCCCUGUGAGAACAGCCCCUGUCUCCAUGGAGGCACGUGCAGUGCCAACGGCACCGUGUACGGCUGCAGCUGUGCAGUGGGCUUCGCCGGCGAGAACUGUGAGAUUGACGUGGAUGAUUGCUUGUCCAGCCCCUGUGAGAACGGUGGCACGUGCAUCGAUGAGGUCAAUGGCUUCGUCUGCCUCUGCCUCCCCAGCUAUGGCGGCAGCUCAUGUGAAAAAGACACUGAGGGCUGUGACCGUGGUUGGCACAAGUUCCAAGGACAUUGCUACCGCUACUUCGCCCACCGGCGGGCGUGGGAGGAUGCCGAGAGGGACUGUCGCCGCCGAGCUGGCCACCUGGCCAGCGUGCACUCGGAGGAAGAACACAACUUCAUUAACAGCUUUGGGCGUGAGAACACGUGGAUAGGCCUGAAUGACCGGAUAGUGGAGCGGGACUUCCAGUGGACGGACAACACGGCACUGCAAUACGAGAACUGGAGGGAGAAGCAGCCUGACAACUUCUUUGCGGGCGGGGAGGACUGUGUAGUGAUGGUGGCGCACGAGAGCGGGCGCUGGAACGACGUGCCCUGCAACUACAAGCUGCCCUACGUGUGUGAGAAAGGCACAGUGCUGUGCGGGGCCCCUCCGGCCGUGGAGAAUGCCUCCCCCGUGGGCGCCCGCAAGGCCAAGUACAACGUGCACGCCACGGUCCGCUACCAGUGCCAUCCGGGCUUCGCCCAGCACCACGUGGCCGUGAUCCGGUGUCGCAGCAACGGCCACUGGGAGCGGCCUCAGAUCGUCUGCACGAGGCCCAGACGGUCCCAUCGCAUGCGGCGGCACCACGGCCACCACCCGCACCGCCACCCGCACCGUCACCGCCAGCCCGGUCAGGAGCGCAGGAAACGCCACGGGCGGCCCGAGGACUGGGAGCCCGAGGGAGGGAACUUCUGCUGACGCGCCCGCCCGGCCGAGCAAGCACAAGCCCCCGCACGCGGGCUCUGGAACCUUCUUUCCCAAGGCACACAGAACCCAGAGAGCAACCAGAGGGCCCGAGUCCCGAUCCCUGCCCCCGACCCCACUUUCUAUCCUUUGUACAAACCCCCCACCCCAUCCCGCCCCGUCCCCCUCGUUCGCAG